ACACACACACACCUAGUCCUAGCUCCCAAAUAAAAACCAGCGUUUGAGAUUAGGUUGCCGUGUAAUUCUAUUUCUCUCACUUCACUCUCUCUUUCUCUCUCCCAUUGCGGCUAGGGUUUUUCACCCUUUCUCAACCCUUGUCUUCUCUUUCUCUCACUCACUCACCGAUCUCUAUCUCUUGCCUUUUUACUAUGGAAACUAUGCAAGCCUAGUGUUACAGUUAUCUUGUUAAGUAAAACUUAUUCUUGUCUUCUCGUCUUGUUCUUCUCUCUGUAUACAAGAUGGCCACUAUCAAUCCAUUUGAUUUGCUUGAUGAUGAUGCUGAAGACCCUUCUCUGCUCAUCGCUGCUGAACUGCUUAAAGCGGCUGCUGCCCCGGUUAAGAAACCUGCUGACAAAGAACAGGGCGGCGGCAAGCAACGUGGUGGUGCUCAGACUAAGCCUGCUCAGUUGCCUUCUAAGCCCACUCCUCCCGCUCAGGCUGUGAGGGAGUCCAGAAAUGAAGGAGGCCGUGGCGGUCGUGGGUUUAGUGGAAGAGGAGGUGGUCGUGGAUUUGGUGGCGGACGUGGAGGUCGCGGGUUUGGUCGUGACUACUCUAACGGCGAAAAUUCGUUCCCUGGUUCUGGAGCACUUGAAAACCAUGGUCCUAUUGAAGAAGGAGAUAAGUUUUCAGAGAGACGUAACUAUGGUGGGCCAAGACCUCCCUACCGCGGUGGUCGCCGUGGAGGUUUCAGCAAUGGUGAGGCUGGUGAAGAGGGACGUCCUCGAAGAACAUUUGAACGCCACAGUGGAACUGGCCGAGGAAAUGAAUUCAAACGUGAAGGUGCUGGUCGUGGUAACUGGGGAACAGAAACUGACGAAAUUGCCCAGGUGACUGAAGAAGCUGUGAUUGAAGGUGAAAAGAAUAUUGGUGAUGAGAAGCCUGCAGUUGAAAAUGAUGCUGCCGAAGGAAACAAGGAUAUUGCUGCUAAUGAAGCUGAAGAAAAGGAGGCUGAAGAUAAGGAGAUGACUCUGGAGGAAUACCAGAAAGUGCUUGAAGAGAAAAGGAAGGCUUUGCAAGUAGUCAAGACUGAAGAGAGAAAAGUUGACACUAAAGAGUUUGAAACCAUGCAGGCCUUAUCAUGCAAGAAAGACAAUUUUGAAAUCUUUGCUAAAUUGGGAUCUGAUAAGGACAAGCGCAAAGAGGCUUUUGACAAGGAAGAGAAAGCUAAGAAGUCUGUGAGCAUCAAUGAGUUUCUGAAGCCAGCUGAAGGGGAUGCCUAUUACAGAGGCAGGGGAGGACGUGGCCGUGAAGCACGAGGUGGAGGUGGAGGUUAUCGUGGUGGAAAUUUGAAUAGGAAUGUCCGAGCUCCAUCCAUCGAAGAUCCUGGGCAUUUCCCAACCUUGGGUGCCAAGUGAACCCUUUUCGUGCUUAUCUGUCAUAUUUCCAAUUUUGUGGGUUUUCUCUGAUUUUAAUUUAUGAAACUUAAAGCAGGAAAAGAACUACACUAAUUGGAUUUCCUGUUAUUUUAUUUUUAAGGUUUAAAAUGUAAAUUUAGGUUCUUCAUACCGUCGUUUACCCCCCAUUUACUGCGUUUUACAUUUUGGGGUAAAUGGUGGCGGGUAAGACAUGAAUGUUCUCCGAGUCUUCUUUUCUUUAUAGAUAGACAUCUCAGUUUUGCUUUUAA